AUGGUGGGCUCCGAGCCCCAGCGCACAGACGCAUCGGGCCAGUCUGCCACUACAGAGCUGAGCGAUGAGGACUAUGCUCGCAAGCUCCAGGCAGAGUUUGACCGCGAAGCGCUGCAGCCAUCUGCUGGCCAGAUCGCUGUGAUAGCGAACUCUACCGAUAAUAAGAGCGAUGCGAACCAGCAGGUUUCGGCCACCGUCCCGGAUAAAACAUCAGAGGAUGUGAUGCCCUCGCCUCGGAGGCCUGCAAACACCUUGAUGUUACAGGCUUCCGGGGUGACUGAAGACACCAUCUCGUCUACCAUACCACUUGAUGAGAGCCCGUUCACCAUUUAUGACAAGUACGGGGAUGCCGGGGAUGUCGCAUUUGAGGCUAAGAAGAAGCAGAGCUUCACAUUGAGGAAACCGAAGCCACUCACGAUCAAAGCGGUGUAUCAAUCUCUUGUCAAGAUUGCAAUGACACAGGGCCAAGGGAGCGCGGAGGGCAAGCAGCGUAUCGUUGAUCAUUAUAACGUCCUAGUGCCUGCGCUUCUCGAGGUGGGAGUGUGCGAGGAGCUCCUUCUUCGCUGCUGUCUCACGCUACACGUUCCCCUGAGGCCUAUGCUUGGCAAGCUGAUGACGGAUAAAUACCCGGACUUGGUGGCGCUUAUCCCUCAAGUACGAGGUGAUAAUGUGGAGAGCUUCAUCAUGGAGGGCGAAGUUGUGGCGGUGGAUGCCGCCACUGGGGAGUUGAAGAAUUUCCAGACGUUAACUAACCGCGCACGGAAGGAUGUUGAGCUUGGGUCGAUUACCAUCCAAGUUUGUCUCUUUGCCUUUGACCUGAUGUACGUCAACGAGGAAUCGCUGUUGAACAGACCAUUCCGGGAACGGCGAGAGAUCCUCCGCUCGCUCUUCAUCGAAGUCCCUCAAAGAUUCACUUGGGUUAAAAGCCUUGAUGCGACAUCUCAAGACUCUGACAGGGUGCUUGAAUUCUUCAAAAGCGCCGUCGAGAAUAAGUGCGAAGGCCUUACCCCUAAACCCUUGGCAAACGGUAAAAAGAAAGGCAAGGGAAAAGCGGCCGAGGAUGACGAAAAGAAGAAGACGAGACGGAAGCCUGUACUAGCGACAUACGAACCUGAUAAACGCCUCGAUUCGUGGCUAAAGGUAAAGAAGGACUAUAGCUCAAGUUUUGAUACCUUGGAUCUCAUCCCCAUUGGCGGGUGGCAUGGACAGGGGCGCAAAGCGAAAUGGUGGUCUCCGAUCCUUCUCGCCGUCCGAAACGACGAAACUGGGUCCUUUGAAGCGGUGUGUAAAUGCAUGUCCGGCUUCACCGAUGUAUUUUACAAGGCAAACCGCGAAUUCUACGACGAUGGUGAGGUAAGUGGCGAGCCUAAGAACGUGAGAACACGCCGGCCCGGCUUCAUCGAGUACUCUGGACCGGAGCCGGAUGUGUGGUUCGAGCCACAAGAGGUCUGGGAGAUGGGCUUCGCGGACAUCACCCUCAGUCCGACGAGGGCCUUCAAUAAGUUGAUCGACCUCAGAUCAGCCCAAAAAGACCGGGACGGCAACCUUCUCAAGAGGCGGCCCUCCAUGUCCCUAACACCCGAAGAGGCCAUUCAAGCAACGCAGCUCGUUGUGACGAAGCUGACUCUUCUUUGCAGUUACCAAGGAUAG